UUUACUGAAUUUUCCUUUUCUCAGUUCUUGAAAUUCAACCUUAUCCACAAGAAAAAAGGAUUUUUUUUUUUUUAAAUAAUUCAGCCGGAUAGACUUUCUGGUAUUGCUUUGUGUGUGUGUGUGUUUGGCUGAUGGGAGGUGUGUGAUGGUCUAUCCUUUUGUGAUUUAGCAAGUAAUAAGAGCUCUUUUAACAGGGAACUAUAAUGUUAGAGGAUCACCUUUAUUGUUUAUUGUAUUCUUUGUUUAAAUCACUGGAACAAUGAAGCACCAGUGUCUUUCUUGUAGAUGUCAAUUGAUUCUUUUAUAUGGUGCCAACUGUCCUUCUUCAAUGGUUAAUAGUGAGUUUAUUGGUUGAAUGGUCUCUCCAAGCUAAUACUUAACCUUUUGCUCUCUGUUUAGUCUAUUACAAUUGGUUGAUCAAUGCUUGAGACCGCAACUCAACAGUGUUAUACUCGAGUGGUGUCAGCGCACGACCAAUUAGGCCUAAAAUGAAAAAGAAAAGAUAUGUCAGUCGUGACCAUAUGGGCAAAGGGGUGUCACAAGUGGUGGCUGGAAUCAAAUAAAGUGGUGCCAUCCACGACUAGCUAGGCCUAAAAAGAAAAAGAAGAGAGAUGUCAGCAGCGACCAUAUGGGCAAAGGGGUGUCAGGAUUGGUAGCUUGAAUCAAAGAAGUGGUGUCAGCCAUGACCAACGGGAUUGUUGGUCCUCAAGCAGGGGGCAUUUUUAUGAACCAAUUGCCCCUCGUUGAUUGCAAAGAGUACUGGCAGUCUUUUGGGUUCGGUUCUCCUGUUCCAUCUAUAGCACAAACCGACAAAGAUGCUGCUAUAACUCUACACCAAAGAAGUACGAACUUCAUUGUACUCGCUAUUUUGACCUUGGUGCUAAAAGGUUCAUGGUACUUUCGACAGGUGGUUUUGUCGCUAUUUGUAGUGAUAUGGGGCCUUCGCUUGGGGCUAUUUUUAUUAAUGAGAAUAUUACAGUGGGGGGAGGACAGACGCUUUGAUGACAAACGUGACAAUCUUGGAAAACUGGCAAUAUUUUGGAUACUUCAGUCAAUCUGGGUAUGGACUGUUAGUUUACCAGUGACAGUUGUUAAUGCAAGUGAUAAGGGUCCUUCUGUUCAGGCUCAGGAUAUCAUUGGUUGGAUAAUGUGGAUUAUUGGGAUUUUGGUUGAGAUUACAGCUGACCAACAAAAGUUGGCAUUCAAAAACUCCCCGGAAAACAGAGGAAAGUGGUGCAGCGUUGGCCUUUGGAAAUAUUCACGUCAUCCAAACUAUUUUGGUGAGAUUUUACUUUGGUGGGGUUUUUUCCUGGCUUCGACACCGGUGCUAGAAGGUGCUGAAUGGCUUGUUAUGUUUGGACCUGUAUUCAUAACCUUGCUGCUCCUUUUUGUUAGUGGCAUACCCUUGCUCGAGGCAUCAGCAGACAAGAAGUUUGGAAAUGUUGCUGCAUAUAGAUCAUAUAAGAGAAAAACUAGUCCUCUUAUUCUGCUGCCUCCUGGGAUGUAUGGGAGUCUUCCUCAAUGGCUCAAAGGAAUACUCCUUUUUGAGUUUCCUUUAUACAGUCGCAAUCUUCCCCAAGAAGAGCUAAGCUGGAAUAGACGAAGCCAGCAAGGAAGCAGUGGAACGGACCCAAAGACAAGUUGACUGCUUAAUGUUUGGGAUUCCGUACUAGAGCAAAUAGUUAGCCAGCCGCUCGCUGCACAGACCUGCUCUGCUUGAUUAUUCCCACAUCCGCCUUUGGCUGCUCGAAGUCCUAUUUAACCUCUCACUUGCUAUGAAUUUCCGUUCAAUUAUGUAAUCCUUUUACUGAUUGGUUUGGCUGGUGUAUUCAACUUCUUUUGCUAUAUUCCCCAAUUGUAUCUUGAAUCAAAUCUGGGUUUCACAUAGUUGAGUAAACUUAUAGCUUCUUUGUCAUUGCAA